AUGGUAGCCAGUUUAUUACAAACUCUUCAUGGACAUUCUAUGGAUGUUACCUGUGUGAGUUUUGGUAAGGAAGAACUUGUAACCUGUUCAGGUGAUAAAACCGUGAGGGUAUGGAACAUUCAAGAUUUCUCAGAGUUACCUUGUUCACCAUUACUUGCUCACACCUAUAUUGUAAACUGUUGUACGUUUAAUAAGUCUGGGACUGUGUUUGCUACUUGUUCAACUGAUGGAAAAGUGAUAUUAUAUGACUCUAAGACAGGAGAUCAGAUAGCUAUAUUUGAACAUCCCAGUAAAAGUGCUGUUCGUGUGUGUAGGUUUUCGCCUAAUUUUACUCUGAUAGCAUCUGGUGGUGAUGAUAAUGCCUUGUGUUUAUGGGAUAUUGAGAAGAAGAAACUUGUCAGAACUUUACAAGGUCAUGAUGAAUCAGUUAUGGCAUUAGCCUUCACACCAGAUAAUAACUAUAUUGUCUCAGGUAGUUGUAAUGGAGAUCUGAGGACAUGGGAUGCCAGCUUUGGUCAUGGUAGAUGUUUAUCUUUUGAACUAGAUGGUCAUGAUCUAGGGGUAACUUGUUGUGAAUUUUCACCUUCAUUUGGAACUGCAGGGACACCAUCUGUGUCAGCAGCUAGUUUCCUAUUGGCAUCUGGAGGUAAAGAUGAUUGUAUUAAAAUAUGGCAUUUCAUGGCUGAAGUAGGCUCACCCACUGUAUUAUUAAAGUUAAGAGAUACCCUACCAGGACAUAAUGAUUCUAUACUAUCAUGUUGUUUUUCACCAGAUGGUAGUUUGUUAGCAUCAGGGUCAAUAGAUAAAACUAUCAGAUUGUGGGAUCCUUUGAAAGGUGAAGGUUUAUUUACAAUAGAAGGACAUUCAAGAUAUGUAACAAGUUGUGCCUUUUCAAGAGAUGGUCUAAUGUUAGCUUCAGGUUCUAAUGAUAAAACAGUUAUGGUGUGGAAGUUAACCAACACAACAUAUAUUAUGAAUGGAUUAAAAGGUUAUGAAGAACCAGAAGCAAGUACCAGUAAUAUACAGUCAGUUACUACAGACAAUGAUAUAUUAAGUUGGUCUGUAGAUGAUGUAUGUGAUUGGAUUAGCUCUCUAGGUUUAGAGGAUUAUAAAGAUAUGUUUAAAGCUCAAGCUAUAGAUGGUGCUGAACUAUUAGCUUUAAAUACUAAUGAUUUACAAUCUGCUUUAGGAAUAGCACCAUUAGGUCAUCGUAAUAAAAUAUUACGCAGUAGAAGUAAAUUAGAAUCCAGUCCACUCAAACAUAAACAUGACAAAUGUGAUAAAGAUGUACCAGAUGAAUAUUUAUGUCCUAUUACUAGAGAGAUUAUGGUAGAACCAGUCAUUGCCUCAGAUGGUUAUACGUAUGAUAAAUCGGCAAUCAAAGCAUGGAUGGAAACUAAAGAUAGAAGUCCUAUGACUAAUUCAUUAUUGAUUCAAAAAUCAUUGAUACCUAAUAGAACUCUGAAGAUGUUGAUACAAAAAUAUCAACAAACACAUAGAUAA